AUGGUCAAGAAGAAUAUCAACCUUACCAUCUCUGCGGGUAGCAACUCCAUCAACUCAGUAUUCCUACUUCUGGUACUAAUACUUCCCUACACUUCUGCACAAAGCGACACUGAUAAGCCACGCCAAGAUAAUACACCCCUUUUUUAUUUUUUAAUUGCUUUUACUGUGUUUAUGAUCAUAUCGUGUAUUCAUGAGCAAAGAAAAAUACGUAAUAAUAUCCAGGCCGGUGACCCAGCUGUUGUUCCUACAGAAACACCAAGUAUAGGAGGUCUUGAUUCUGCAGUCAUCGAAACCUUUCCGGUGUUUGUCUACUCUGAUGUUAAGAAUGUCAACAAGGUUCAUAAUAUUAAAGGAGCAAUCCUAGAAUGUCCUGUUUGUUUAAGUGAAUUUGGGGAUAAGGAUAAGUUAAGAUUGCUACCCUGUCAUCAUGUUUUUCAUCCUGAAUGUAUUGGUACUUGGUUUGUUUCGAAUUCGACUUGUCCUUACUGUUGCCGUGACCUUAAAACUAUGGUCGCCGGAAGUGCUAUUAGUGCAGGUGAUGCUAUAGUUGAUGUGUACGAAGAAGACGAGGAAAACCAUUCUGAAGCGACGGUGCAUUCUGAAACAGAGCAUGGGGAGACCUGGGUUUCAAUUCCUUUGGUACAGAAUUCAGAACAAGUGAUUAAUGGUAUCAACCCUGACAAUGAGAAGAACCUGUUAAACGCUGGUGAAAGUACACUAAGAUCCACAAACGGGCCUAUAGGGAAAUAUCCAAGAUCACAUUCAACUGGGCAUUCAUCGAUACCGAUACCACGAGACCUAAAGAAUAGUGAGAGGUUUACAUUACGGUUACCAGAUGACGUGAGAAAAGAUAUUUUAAGGCAGAAAUCAUUUAAUUUUCCGCCAGUUUCAGGUGGGAGUAGUCACCGUGUUCACGGUGGUAGUGGUGGUGCAGGAAGUAUUAAUAGAAGAGUUUAG